UGGAUUUCCUGUAUAUAUCUGUUUGCCCCUGUGCUACGUUUGGAUUCGCAACUCCCUUGUCCAGCGUCCACUGCACAUUACAGACAAUAUUUGACAAUAACACCGGCUACAUAAUUAGCAGUUGAAAACGAAUGUGAUCAAAUUUAUACAUUUUAUUCUAAACAAAGUGAAUAUACAUGACAUUACAGCUGGAUUAAACAGUCCAGACUGCUACAACUGAGAAAACAAAUCAGGACUAUGAAGUAACCAACUGUGGCUGACUUCCAAUCUAUAAACCGUUGCCAGAACGAGAUAAGCUUACAAAGGCACACUGUUGCGCAUUUCACGAUGUGCAUAAAGAAAAUGUUUUGCUGUCCAUUAAAAACAGAAGACUGCAAGGUGUGAGGAGUGACAGCAGCAGCAUACAGAGAGAGAGAGCAGGAGAGGAGUGGAGGGAGGGUGGAAUAUUUGAGAUAGAGUUCUGUGUGAGUUCUGUAGGGGAAAGGUGUGUUUGGAGAACAGACAGAGGAGAGCUUUGUGUACCUCUUUCAGACAGGUCAGCUCUCUCUCUCUCCAGCUUUCCCUCUUUCCGUACUUCAGUCAUUCUGGGUGCGCAGAGCUCCUUUGCAAGCCGUGUAUGAUGCUAUCACUACUGUGCUGGUUUCUGCUGAUCUUUCUGAGUCGGGGUGCCGAUAGCAGGCGAGAAGGGACAGGCCCGGCGGAUAAAAGGCAGUUCUGUAGCUGGCCGUGUAAAUGUGGUGUCCGGCCGCUGUGUGCCCCUGGUGUCAGCUCCAUCUUGGAUGGCUGUGGCUGCUGCAAAACAUGCGCACAGCAGAUUGGGGAAUCGUGCAAUGAAAGGGACAUCUGUGAUCCUCACAAGAGCAUGUACUGUGACUUCUCCAAAGACCAGCCGCGCUAUGAGGUCGGCAUCUGUGCUUACCUGAUGGGGGUUGGUUGUGACCUGAAUGGUGCUCACUAUGAUAACGGACAGGCCUUCCAGCCCAACCCACUCUACAAGUGCACUUGCAUUUCUGGAUCCAUCGGCUGCACCCCUGCCUUCAUCCAAAAGCCCACAGGAAUGCUGAGUCCCGCUGCCCUCCAGGGCCAAUUACCAGCAGGACUCAAGAGCAGUCGAAACCCCAAAAACCAACAGGACACCACCUAUAGGACCAUGUCAGCCUGGAAGAAGAACUGUUUGGUCCAAACCACAGCCUGGUCGCCCUGUUCACGAUCCUGCGGCAUCGGCAUCUCUGUGCGAGUCAACAACGACAACAGCAAGUGUGAGAUGAGAAAAGAGCGCCGACUCUGCCUGCUCCGGCCGUGUGAUAAAAACACCCUAAAGAGACUGAAGAUGCCAAAAGGGAAAACCUGCAAACCCAAAUUCCAGGCCAGUAAAGCAGAGAAGCUCUCACUGUCCGGCUGCACCAGCGUUAAGAAGCACCGGCCGACAUACUGCGGCGUCUGCACAGACAAGCGCUGCUGCGUUCCCAAUAAGUCCAAAAUGGUGAACGUCGAGUUCCACUGCAAAGGAGGAUCCAAUGUGCGCUGGAAGAUGCAGUGGAUCACGUCCUGCGUGUGUCAGAGGAAGUGCAGUAACGCUGAUGACAUGUUUUCAGAGCUGCACUUGAUCUAAAACACAAACGGGAAGAACACAAUGCUUUCAGCUUUACCUACCAUAAGCUAUAUAGAGCUGUGUUUCCCAACCCUGUUCCUGGAGGCACACCAACAGUGCAUAUGUUGGAUGUCUCUCUUAUCUGAGCCAUUAACUUCAGGUUUUGGAGUCUAUUCUGAUGUUCUGCUGAGUAGGGAGAGGUUUAAAAUGUGUACUGAUCAAGUCAAGUCAUACUGUUGGUGUGCCUUUAGGAACAGGGUUGGGAAACACAGCUACAGAGCAUUCAUGUACAGCUACGGCCAAAAAUACUGUAACCAAGAAGUGAAAGACGCAAGUGCUUUUUAAACGCACUUUAAUUUUAGAGUACUGUCACGAAUAUUGAAGUGUUUAAAAAACCUAAGACAUGUUGGGACAGAGUUACCUUCACUGGUAUUAAAAUCAAGUUAUUUAAGUAGCUGUACGCUUUUAUAACACCUAAAGGCCUGGUUCAGAAACACUUCAUUUAAACUUAUGGUUUACAUGGACUGUAAAUAUGGUGUGUGUGUGUGUGUGUGUGUUAUUUUAAUUCACUCGCCAUAUCAUUCCUUAAUGAAAUGGUGUGUACUGGAGUUCUGGCAUUCUAAUGAAAUCAACCUUGUAUAAAUUUGUGUGUGUUCAGCUGUUUGUGUAGGAAAUGUUUUGGCCACAAAUGAGCAACUAACAGCGCGUUUUAUGCUGAUGUUUGGAGUACAGCGAGAAGGGGGAGAUUUGUUUGGAAACCAACUAUGGAGCCAGAACUGUCUAAAAUCCAAUUGUUAAAUUCAGAAUACAAUUCAUAAAUACACAAAAUCAAUUCAUAAAUAUAUAUUUAUAUGU